UACAUCCUGUGUGAAAAAAAAAAAAAAAAAAAAAAACGAACAAAGCAACACAAUUUUCAGCCAAUUUCUCUUUUUUUUUAGCUCUACAUCAGAGCCUAAUUUUUAUGUCUUUCAAGGUGCAGUAUUGAGAGAAUGGAGGACACGCUUUUCAAUGUGUUUUUCGUGGUCAUCAGUAUGUUGCUCUCAAAGGAGCACAAUGUAUUUCAUUAUCAAGAUGACAACAUCAUAGUCGCCAUGGAAGACCGUGAGAAUUUUCUUUUGGAGGAGGGAGCAAAGCUAGAACAAGUGGAGCACUCUGUUGCCAUGGAGCUGCCAAAUUCAAAUCAGGAAGCAUCACAAAAUCAUUACAAGCUGCCAAGGGGAGAGGGCGACACAGAUGUUCAAAAAACUCUGCCAAAUGUCAAGACUACAGUGCUGCACGAGGAUCAAAUGUCCCCUGUUGGAGAACAAGACGACUUCCGCCAAAACCUGGAGAAACUAGACAUUGUCAAGGACAAAUGGACAUUGCCAGCAUCAAAUAAAGGUCUAACAUAUGGGCAAGCCAAUGUAGACCAGUCAGGGUCCACUAUGGACCAUAACUUCUCACAGGAGGAUGAGGAACAGUCAAGAAAACCCCAAAAUGGCCAGACUGGUGCCCACCAUCAGAGAAAAGUAAUUCAGGCGUCAUUUAUGGAACAAACAUCAACUUCAAACCAAAAGUUUGAUCAAGAUGACCACUACAGCUGGUACCUUUGGAAGACCUUUUCCUUGAUCUCAUUAAUUCGUGUUCUAAAGAAGUUUCUGAAACGUGACUCCAAAAUGCAACAGAAGAAACGUUCAACACUGAAUGAAAAAAACAUCCCUGCAUCCCUAAACAUAUCCACCAAAGUGUCCCAACUUGAUUACAAGUCAUUAACUAGUUUUCAUGAAAAGUGUGUCUUGGUUCCACCCAGUAAAAGUUGGCAGAUUCGGGAGUUUGUAGAGGGGUUUGUGAAUGACCUCCUGGAAAAUGUGAAGAACAUGAGCACUAAAGGUACAGACAUGGAGAUUGAGGACUUUGUUGGUGUUGGGAGCUUGUAUGAGCAAUGGGCUUCAAGGAAGAGCACUGUGUGUGACAUACAUGUCCCCAUCAUCCCGCCAAAGCCUUAUAGCUUUGAGUUUGAGCUUUUGAGAGAAAGUACAGGUUCUUCAGCCAACUGCAGAAUCAAGAUGAUAAAAGGUGAUGUCAAGUCAAGUAUGUGCCCUUGCAGCAGUUCAAACCUAGAUGACAUGCUGUGUCUUCUGCAUCCAGAUAAUAAAAUAGAGGAUGUGAUGGAUGAUUACAUGAAUGGCCCUCUGUGCCAAGAGAACAGCCCAUACCUUGCUAAAACACAUGUGAUGAAAUGGUUUAGAAUGUCAAUUAGGAAGGCAUGGGAAGAGAUCAGCCACAAGUAUGAGUUUGAGUUAAUAUUCAAGAACAGUGAUAGCCCUGGAAAUCUUAAGGUCCGAUUCAGGUCAGGUCAAGUCAUUCUGUUCAAUGUCACACCAGUGGUCAUGUUGAAAGACUCAGAUGCACACUUGGUCUCGUAUCUUCCCUUUAACAGUGACAUGUCUGACACUCACUGGCCCAUAUCUUUUGCACACUAUGAAAACGCCCUUCUUCAACACUUCACAAAUAUUCUUCCAGAUUAUGCUUGCCAUAUUCGCUGUCUACAAAUCCUCUCCUAUCUACACAAAAAACAAAUUUGUUGGACUGGGAAAUGUGGACUUACAAGCUACCAUUUGAAGAAUGCAUUGUUACAUUUGCUGAUCAAUAAGCCCUUAUCAUGGCAACCUGAGCACAUUGUUUGGAGGCUAAAUGACAUAAUAACUUUCCUUCAGCAAAGGCUCCAAGCUAAAACACUCUACCAUGCUUUGACUGGGAAUCCUCAUAUUCCUAGUCACAUUGGAUUUCCUGUAGAAUUCAGGGAGGGAAACCCUAUUAACUUAUUUUUGUCAUUACGGUCUAAUGAUGAUUUGUACGUCAAAACAGCCACGCACUUAGUGGAAAUGUAUAGAAAUAUACCUGUGCUAAUAUAUGAAUAUGGCACAGCAAAACAGUGAGAAAAAUGGUCAGCAGCAGAAUGAUUCUACUUUGCAACAUUGUAUUCAUAGAAGAAAAUGAGUAUUAAAAGUUGUGCUUGUGCUGAAGUGUUCAUUUUUAUUUUUAUUGAUUGCAGUAAAGCAUUAAAAGUUUUACUUAAACAAA